AUGCCUGAUUUCAAGCUCGCGGCGACCCUCGAAGGCCAUAGCGAUGAUGUUCGCGCUGUGGCCUUCCCAAACCCCAAUGCCGUGCUAUCCGCAUCUCGUGAUGCCACGGUUCGCCUUUGGAAGCUCAUCUCAUCCCCGCCCCCGACCUACGACUACACCAUAACAACUCAUGGGCAAGCCUUCAUUAACAGCUUGGCAUACCUCCCACCUACUUCUGAAUACCCAGAGGGCCUAGUCUUCUCCGGUGGACAGGAUACUAUUAUCGAAGCUCGUCAGCCGGGUAAGGUCGCCGACGACAAUGCAGAUGCUAUGCUUCUGGGACAUGGACACAAUGUCUGCGCACUGGAUGUAUCCCCGGAUAGUACAUGGGUAGUCAGCGGCAGCUGGGACUCUACGGCCCGUAUAUGGAAAGUAGGCAAAUGGGAGGCCGAUGUGGUGUUGGAGGGGCACGAAGGAAGUGUCUGGGCUGUGCUGGCAUAUGACAAAGACACAAUUAUCACUGGCUCUGCGGAUCAAAUGAUAAGAAUGUUUAAUACUGCUGGGACCCAAAUUGGAAGUUUGAAGAACUCCAAUGAUGUGGUUCGAGCUCUAUGCAAAGUCCCAUCAUCGAGUCCUACUGGUGCGCAGUUUGCCUCAGCCAGCAACGAUGGAAUUAUUCGGCUCUACACUCUGAAAGGUGACUUGGUUGCUUCACUCCAUGGCCAUGAAAGUUUUGUCUAUUCGCUCGCAGCACUCCCAACUGGCGAAUUGGUCAGUGCUGGAGAAGACCGAACAGUUCGUGUGUGGAGUGGAACUCAAUGUGUUCAAACCAUCACACACCCUGCAAUUUCGGUCUGGAGCGUUGCUGUAUGUAAUGAGACUGGUGAUAUCGUGACUGGUGCUAGUGACCGCAUUACCCGUGUCUUCAGCAGAAGCCCAGAGCGCCAUGCAUCACCAGAAGCUAUUCAAAUAUUCGACCAGGCUGUCAAGGAAUCCGCUAUUCCAGCACAGCAAGUUGGGCAAGUCAAUAAAGAACAACUUCCUGGUCCAGAGUUUCUUCAGCAGAAAUCUGGCACCAAGGAAGGUCAAGUUCAAAUGAUUCGGGAGACUGAUGGCAGUGUCACUGCUCACACUUGGUCAUCUGCGACCCAAGAAUGGAUUGCAGUCGGUACUGUGGUGGACUCAGCUGGUAGCAGUGGCCGCAAAACUGAAUAUCUUGGCCAGGACUACGACUAUGUCUUUGAUGUCGACAUCGAAGACGGCAAGCCACCAUUAAAGCUUCCUUACAACCUUUCACAGAACCCCUACGAAGCUGCAACCAAGUUCAUUGGAGACAACGAGCUGCCUAUGUCUUAUCUGGAUCAAGUUGCCAACUUCAUCACACAGAAUACCCAGGGUGCUACGAUCGGUCAGUCCCAGGAACCGCCCGCCGGAGCCGACCCUUGGGGCUCUGACCGACGGUAUCGCCCAGGGGAUGCUGCCGCCGCUGAGAAUGCGCAACCGCCAAUCCCCGAGUCCCGUCCCACAGUCCUCCCUCAAAAGACCUAUCUCUCCAUCCGAUCUGCAAAUCUCAAAAUUGUCACUAAAAAGCUGAAGGAGUUGAAUGAGCAGCUUAUAUCUGAGGGUGAGAAAAGGAUAGCAUUGGCUCCAAAUGAGGUCCAGGCCCUUACUGCACUAUCGGAGCAGCUAGAAAAAUCUCCAAACCUUACCAAAUCCCCUAUCAUUGAGGAGGGAGUACUGCUGGUGUACAGAAUCGCAACAGAAUGGCCCGUCGCAAGUAGACUUCCCGGACUGGAUCUAUUGCGGUUGCUUGCAGCAGCUUCACCCGUGACGGCGACCUCAGAAUAUCCUGAUGUCGACCUCAUCUCAGGUGUGAUAUCAAGUGGAGUAUUCGAAUCACCCCUGAACGUCAACAAUGCAAUGCUUGCUAUCCGGACUUUCGCAAACCUCUUUGAAACUGAAGCUGGCCGGAAGCUCGCGGCCGCUCACUUCGGCCAGAUCCUCACAGCGGUGAGGUCCGCGCUGGCCAACGCAGGAGCAUCGCCUAACCGCAACCUCACCAUUGCUGUAACAACUCUCUACAUCAACUUUGCUGUCUAUUCGACCUCAGAAGGCCGAGCACAGGCGCCUGAAUCGGCAGAACACGGCUUAGUACUUCUCGAAGAGCUCACAAAGAUUGUUUCUGGAGAAAGGGACUCGGAAGCCGUCUACCGUGGACUGGUUGCCUUGGGUACCCUCGUUACCGCACUGGGUGCUGAGAUCAAAAGCGCUGCGAGGGAGAUUUAUGAGAUCAACAGUGUCCUCGCUCGAGUAUUAGGCUCAAGCUCUGGAAAGGAGCCCCGUGUGAAGGGUGUUAUUGGCGAAAUCCAACAGUCUCUCAAGCAUUAG